AUGUGCCAAAUCGAAGGGAAAGUCGCAACGUACGAGCGCAACGGAGAAUUCGUCGCUACAAGCAAAUCUCUCGCCGUCGCCACGCCAGCGCCUCCGCUGCAUCAUCUGCAAACAGCCACGCCGCUGCCCUCGCUCCUCCACUACGUCGAUAACGACCUCCUGCGUCGACGCGCCGAAUACGAUAGACCGCCAAAUGGACAAGCCAUCUGCUCAGCAUGCGGCAAGCAUGAAUUCGCCGCGACCAUCAAAUCGACCUAUCUCCCCCUCACCUGCGGCUGCUGGAUGCACUACCGCUGCUUCAUCGGGAACGUGGCGUACCAGAAACCGCACCUACGCCGGCACCCCAAAGACUGCUGUCCGGCGUGCGGCACGCAGCUGUUCAUCUGGGAAGGUAUUGUCGCGCUGACGCUCGCCGAGCGCACCAACGUGCUCAUGCCAGACGUGAAAUUCACGCCGCACGAGGCCUACGCUGAUGCAAACACGGGCAUGUACGUCGUGAGCGACAAGACACAAUACGAGUCCGACUGCGCGCUCAUUUCCGCUCUCAUUCAAUCGCAUUUCCUCGCGCUGUUCGAGCCGGCUGCGCCAGAGUCUCGGUUCGCAGACGGGAGCCCAGAUCUUACGGCGUGCUACUACGCUGUGCUGGCCGACCUCGACUACUAUGGAUGUCCGCGAUCGAAGUGGUUGGCGUUUAGUAGAGAAAAGAAGCAGGAUGGCGAAGUGAGCGUGGGGUUUCUGCUGUUUGGGAUGCUGGUUGCGCUGAAGAUGAGGGGGUUCUUGAAUGUGUAUCACGCGGCUGUUGUGGAGACGGAGGGGUGGGCAGAGUUUGAGAAUAUCAGGGAGGGGGUACAGAGGAGGAUUCUGGCAGAUGUAAGGGGGGAGGGGUGGAGCUGGGGUGCCUGA